GACCACUACUUCUCCCCUAUCCAACACGACACCUCUUGUUAGUUGUUCAUGUCAUAGUAUAUACAUCCUUGUCGGCUUUAUCUUUUUUGUUGUGUCUAUUUUUAUUUGUGAAAACAUUAAAUAUUAACUUGUCAUUAUUUCGAUCACCUACAGAGAAUUUUAUUUCCGUAUAUCAGUGAUUCACAUUUUAAUGUCUGAAGACUAAGCGAUAAGAAAGCAAAAAUCACUCUAAAUUUGUUAGUUUUUAAUUCCUUCUUCUUAGUCAAAUUUAAAAUAUAUUCAUAAAUUUGACACUUGAUCAUUUGUGUUAUGUUUGAUAGAAAAUUCCAAUAGUAAUAAUAUCAAUACCUAAGAAAUUUACUUAGGUAUGUCACGUAAACAAAAAUGGCGAUCCAAAUCAGAAGAUUCUUUUGAAGAUAUUCCAAUAUCUCUGACAAUUGAAACUUUGACAGGUACAGCUUUUGAAAUAAGCGUAUCACCCUCUGAUUAUGUAAGUUCACUUAAGGCAAGAAUACAACGAGUUGAAGGAAUCCCAGUCAAUCAGCAACAUUUACUUUCAGGAGAGAAAAUUUUAUCUGACAAUACUACAAUAGCCUAUAAUAACCUUUAUAAUGGGGCAACAUUGCGAUUGGUAUUGUCAUUACAAGGGGGACCCAUUGGAACAAGUCGAAGAAUGUUACCUCUUGAUAACGAAACCAUUAAACAAUUGGUGGAUCUUAAUAGAAAAGAAAUAUUGGAAGAUGCCCCUCCAGGAAGUAAACUUGCAGUAUUAAUUUUUCGUGAAGGAGAAGUUAUUAAUUUACUUCGAGUGAUUGAAAACAAUGAUGGUUCUAUUACGAAUUUAAUGGAAUCUCCCAGAAAAAUAUCUACUGAACAAACAGAAAAGAAAAAAUGUAAGCAAUCUGUUGACAAUAAUGUAACAUAUCGAAAAAUGAUGCAGUUAAAACAUAAAUUAGAAUCACUUUCUAUUUCAUCUAAAAGCAAACUAAAAAAAACCAAACCUGAGAAUCGAAAAUCUAUUACAACUUCUGAUAGAUCACAAUUAAAUACUGAAAAAGAUAAUAGUAAACGUCAUACUUGGAGAUUACCUAAAAUUGUUCAGCCUUCAACAGGCUUGGAAAAAUAUGUGCAUAGUGCAGAAUUUUCAAGAAUACCUGUUUUACCAACAAUUGCUAGUGCAUGCUCUGAAAAAAGUACAAAAACAAGUACAACCAGACAAAUUUGUCAUUUAAUGAAUGAUCCUAGACACACUGGCAGUACUUCAAGUAUUGACAGUAUUUCAGAAUCUGGUACAGACGUUGAAGUAUCUAGUGCUGAUUGGUCUAGACGUCCAAGUACCUCAUCAUUGCUGUUGUCACAUAAUAUACAUAUUAAUGUAUCUAGACAAACAUCACCGACUGAGCAAAUGGCAACUAUGUCUCUUACUAACAAUACAGGAUUAGGUGCUAUACACAGAAUUUUAAAUAGGUCGGAUAUGCCUAUUCAAUUGGAUGAUAAUGAUGAACCAAUGGGAACUGAGCAUAAAAACGAAGAAAAACCUACUUCAAUUGCUGUAGUAAAGGAUCUAAGCAAUACCACUACUGAAACUCAAACUGUUGAAAAAAAGAAAAAGCGAUGUGCCCAAUGCAAUAAAAAACUAACAAUUAGUGCCCAAUAUACAUGCCGAUGUGGACUUAUAUUUUGUCCAGAACACAGGUAUUCAGAGUCACAUAAUUGUUCUUAUGAUUAUCAAAAAAAUGGUCGUGAUUCAAUUGAAAAGAACAAUCCAUUAGUUGUGAGACCAAAGUUACCAAAAAUUUAAUAGAUGGUUGAAAAUACAAUAUUUAAAUAUAUCUCUGUAGUUAAUAGCUGUAUAGAUAUACACUGACACGCAAAUUUGUAUGAAAAUUUAUUUGCAAAUACGAGUUAUAAACAAUUCA